ACAUAGUCUUUAUAGACAAAGCUUAAAGCCCAUAUAGGGAACAGUGGAAAAUACUAUUGGAAGGCCUUGAAAAGCAGGCUAAGGACUUAGGCAUUAUUCAGUAGGUAGUGGUUGCUGUCAAAGGAAACACCAGUGUGGUAUGGAGGAAAAUUUUCUAGUCCUGAUUUCAGAAAGCUGGAAUUAUUGUGCCAGUGUAAUUCUUGGCAGUCCUUACCCUAAACCUUGGUUUAUUUCUAAAACGGGUAAUCAGGCAGUUGUGAGGGUUAAAUAAGAUCAUAUGACAAGGUGUGUUUGCUUUGAAAAUGUCAAAAUGUUAUAAAAAUGUAAGUUUUCAUUGUUGUGAGGACAUAAUUGAUACUUAAAGACUACCGAUAUAGCAAAAUUACUAAGGUGAUGGCUGUAGGAUUACAAGAGGGGCAAUUUUUUUUCUUUUCUUUGUUUUUUUUGAGACGCAGUUUCACUCUGUUGCCCAGGCUAGAGUGCUAUGGCAGGAUCUCAGCUCACCGCAACCUCUGCCUCCCCAGUUCAAGCGAUUCUCCUGCCUCAGCCUCCCACGUAGCUGGGAUUACAGGCAUGUGCCACCAUGCCCGGCUACUUUUGUAUUUUUAGUAGAGACGGGGUUUCUCCAUGUUGGUCAGGCUGGUCUCGAACUCCCGACCUCAGGUGAUCCGCCCACCUCGGCCUCCCAAAGUGCUGGAAUUACAGGCGUGAGCAACCGCGCCCGGCCAAAGAGGCAGUUAUUAUUAUUAUUAUUUGAAAUGGAGUCUCGCUCUGUCGCCCAGGCUGGAGGGCAGUGGUGCUGUCUCGGCUCACUGCAACCUCCGCCUUCCGGGUUCAAGCUAUUCUCCUGCCUCUGCCUUCCGAGUAGCUGGGAUUACAGGCGCACGCCACCAUGCCAGGCUAAUUUCUGUAUUUCUUUUUUUCUUUUUUUAAGUAGAGACGGGGUUUCACCAUGUGGUCAGGGUGGUCUUGAACUCCUGACCUCAGGUAAUCCGCCUGCUUCGGCCUCCCAAAGUGCUGGGAUUACAGGCGUGAGCCGCGCCCGGCCAGCUGCUGCUGUUUUAGACAAUGGUUGAUGAAGCGUUCGAAGGCCUAAACAAUAGAGCUUUUGUUCUGUUUUGUUUUUGAGUGGUCCUGAACAGUUCUUUUGGGCAGGGGAAUUUGUCUGUCUGUGAAUGUGCAAACAUAUAUAUAAUCUGAGUGGCUGCCUGGCCUUGUCCUAGGUUUUGUCCCGUAUAUACGCCGUCUUUUUUUUUUUUUCUUUCUGCAUGUAUGUAUAUUUUCUCAAGGCGUCUGUCCUGCACUAGACUUUGGCUUGUCUUUCCAGGCCAGCUUCCAGAGGAUGCUUUGGCAGUUUUCCCUCUGGGUAACCAAGCAGGCUGCAGCCAGCAGAUGGCACUGCAGCAGAAAGGGGCAGAGUCCCUUUAGGCCCUUGACAAGCACGGCGGAUUAGUAACCUUAUAAUUUAACCCUCCAGUUAGCCUUGGAGGACUCCGUGUCGCACUUCCGCCCGAACUCUAAUAAAGCGGGCCGAGUUGUGUGCAAUUAAGGAUUUCAGUAUGCAAAUCUGAAUCUGUACUUUUGUCUCCUCCACCCCACCCCCAUCAUUAGACUGGCAAUGUCUUUUGUCACGUUGUCAAAGUGUCCUCAGAGAAGCGGUGUCUAGAUAUCGCCGAUUUCUGGUUAAAGUGGCUGAAGUGAUCCCAGCAUUAAUUAAAUGCAGGAGAAUCGAGAUUCUCCUGAUAGUUUAAGGAAAAGAAAAAUUCACACAAGCAAACGGGCAACCAUUUGAAUGUUUUCCGACGACGUGGUGCUUUAGGAUCUGAAAGAUGCGACUUGGUUUUUUUUGUUGUUAUUGUUUUGUUUUGUUUUGUUUUUGAGACGGAGUUUCCGCUCUUGUUGCCCAGGCUGGAGUGCAAUGGCGCGAUCUCGGCUCACCGCAACCUCCGCCUCCCAGGUUCAAGCGAUUCUCCUGCCUCAGCCUCCCGAGUAGCUGGGAUUACAUUACAGGCAUGAGCCACCAUGCUCGGCUAAUUUUGUAUUUGUAGUAGAGACGGGGUUUCUCCAUGUUGGUCAGGCUGGUCUCGAACUACGAUCUCCUGCCUCGGCCUCCUAAAGUGCUGAGAUUACAGGCAUGAGCCACCGCGCCCGGCUAAUUUUGUAUGUUUAGUAGAGACGGGGUUUCUCCUUGUUGGUCAGGCUGGUCUCGAACUCCGACCUCAGGUGAUCCGCCUGGCUCGGCCUCCCAAAGUGCUGGGAUUACAGGCGUGAGCCACCGCGCCCGGCCGCGACUUGUUUUUGUUACAAGGUUCCUCAUUUCAUUUGCAACGUUCAGACGCAGUCUGACUAGAUUUCCAUCCGGAGUAAGGAAGAGCAGCUCAAGGGCAGUCACGGAGGCCGCAGGUGCGGCUUCUUCACCCGCGGUGCUGGAGUUCUCUCAAGUGGAAGCCCAGGACGAUGAAAACCUUAUAGGUAGGCUGCUGCUUACACACAGCAGCCGCCACGGCGCAAAAUAAACUACAAAACUACAAGCCUUUACCUUUUCAAACACACUGACGCGGGCCAGCCCCAGCCCUACGCCCGCAGGGGCACGCAGAAAAGACUUAGUUACCACGGCAAAGCAGGAAGCCUCCGGGAUAGCGUUCUUCUUACUCUACGUAAACACGCAGUUUCCCGAGCUCGACAAUCGGCUAGCCACUCCUGAUAGCGUUCGGCGCUCGCCUCUCGGCCCUUGCUCCUGCGUACUACGGCUUCUUCCAGUCGCCUCGGCCCGGAUCGGGAAGUGUCAAGCGGGCGCUCCCCCAUCUCCGCCGCUAUUACCACUGAACCCGGACCCCCUACCCAGGUCCAGGGACAGCCGCCAUGACGAACGUGUACUCCUUGGAUGGGAUUCUGGUGUUUGGUUUGCUCUUUGUUUGCACCUGUGCCUACUUCAAGAAAGUACCUCGUCUCAAAACCUGGCUGCUAUCAGAGAAGAAGGGUGUUUGGGGUGUGUUUUACAAAGCCGCUGUGAUUGGAACCAGGCUGCAUGCUGCUGUGGCAAUUGCUUGUGUUGUAAUGGCCUUUUACGUCCUGUUUAUAAAAUGAAUUCCAAAGCACCCAAGUCAUCAACUGCCAACCAAGGGGACGGGGAUGAAGAACCUGUUGGAGACCUGAACCCAGUGUAGGAGAGUUCAGCUGAAAUCAUCAGUCCCCAGGAUGACACCACAGCACCUGCCCCUGCCAUAUGUGGGGAAAACUCAUGGUCACGAACAUUAUUUAUGCUUCAGGGGACUACAGAAAGCCAGCUUCCUUUGAUCUGUGUGUAAAUCAGUCCUUGGCAGAGUGCAUAUAAUGUCCAGGUAAAUUACACCCCUGAGUGAUAAGAUUACAUACCUCCUUCAUAAAAACCUGUCAUCCUGUUUUGUUCUUCAGCUCCUCAUCAGGAUCUUUUCAAACUGAGGCUCAUUAGGGAAGGAACUAGGCUGUGUUCAGACUUCUUUUGAAGAGAGAGAAUUUUCAAGACUUCUUUUCACUCUUUGAUUUGGAUCUGGCAAAUUGGGGAGGGGAUGCUGGGUGGGAAACAGUUAUGAAAUGCCAAGAAAUUCUUUGGCUUUAGAAAUUUAUCUUUCAUGUACCCAUCUGGGAACAUAAAAGAGAGGCAUAGUGCUCAUUGCAAAAAGAGAACAGAUGAAGUAGCUGUGUUAUGUGCUGGUAUCUUGAGAGUUUUGCCAAGAAAAUCUGGGCCUACAUAAAAUUUGAGAAUUAUCUGUGUGAUGAGACCAGAAAGCAGUGGCUUAGACAAGAAAAAAUUUUUCUGUUCACCAGUAUCCUCAAAUGGAGACUUCACUUGAUCAGAUGGUAUAUGAAAAAUGAAUCAACUGUUGCUAUUUCGUAAAACCUUUUUAUAUUUUCUAAAUUUACUUAGUGCUAAAUACUGUUACUCAGUUUUAAAUGCCACAACUAGGGGAAAAAGAAACUAUUGAAGAAAUAAUUGUUUAGUAUAUUUGCAGUUAGGGUAGAAGAAAGAAAUCCAGUAUAUUGAUGCAUAUACUAGUAAAUUCAUCUAGUAUAAGAACUUGUGAUGUUAGAUUGAAGUUUUGUCAUCUUAUAAAAGACAACAAACUUAUUUUCUGUUUAAGUCUGAGUGUUAUGGCAAUUUUUAGUUGAUUACUUAUUUUUCUUAGCCAACUUUUAAUUUUCUUCAUAUUGCAUUGCUCUUUAGUUGUCUCUGGAAAUUCUAUUUACUUUAAGGACAUGAGAAAUUCAAAUGAGAGAAGUUGCUGAUAUUCAUCAGUGUGUUUGGAUAGUUCAUAGGGUCCACAAAUCAAAUGAGGUUGUUUCCUGAAGUAGAAGAAAACAGAACUUUGCAAUUGAUACUGAAGUACUUUGCCAUGGAGUUAGUAACUCCUGAGCAGACCAUUUUAGAUGGCUCAGCAUUUGGCAGGAAGACUUCUCCAUUCCCUCCUUAUAUCUAUGGAAGGAUCAGCUGUUGGAUGUCUAGAACUUCUCUAUUUAAAAAAAAGAGUAGGUCUAAAAUUAAAUUAUUAUAAGCAAGCAUAGACAUGGGUCUUCCAGUUGAAUUGUCCAUUACCGUAAAACUUAAUGGUGGACAAGUUAGCUGUGGUUGAUUCCUGUGUGGCAGUAAAUUGUCUUCUGUCUGCUUACUCCAAAUAAUAAAAGCUGCUAGGAAGUUUAGAUUUUGAAAUAGGCAGUUUAAUGCUUUGAGGGUUUCUAGAAAUACAGAAAGUCAUCAAGUAAACACUACAUGUCUAAUCAUCUCAGAGUUGUGGCUGUUAUCUCUUCAGGACUUGGUCCACAGGGUAAAUUUCAACAAUUCAUACAUUUUCCAUUGUCAUUUCUGAGGACCUUUGAGAUGAGAGAAGGGAAAUCCAGUGGAACAGGAAAGAGAGUUACACCUUGUGGGUGUGAGUUUGGGACCUGUUGGCGGAAGGGAAUGUCACUCCCUGGAAACAGGUUCAGCAUGUUUGCACUUGUUAUUUUGUAGCUUUAAUGAUUUUUGUUUUCUAAUAGGGCAAAUGUCUCUAAGCUUGGUGUUUAGAGCUGCUUCAUAUUUUAAACUAGUUCCAUUCCACAGUUCUAGUUCAAACCAGUUUUUACAGCCUCCUGGGUGGGUCGUCUUGACCCAAACUCUUGUGUUGUUACAUUUUGAGAUGUUUUCAUACCAGAAUGUACCAAAAAGUGCACAAGGUAAAGGUAAUUUACAUCCAGAAACAAAUAUACAUUUGUUUCAUUUCUUGACUUUCCCUAAGCAGAUAAGCAGAAACUUGUUUAACUCAUUACUUUGUUUGAUGUGUCUUACAUAUUUUUGACUAAAAGUUAUAGAAUGUUAUUCCUCUGGGGGAAUCUUUUACAGGUGGAGGAAUGGGGAUAGCAGUAUUGCCUCAGAUUCAAACUGGCAUCACCAUAAACCCUGUAGGCCAGGGUGGAAUGAAGUCAGCUCCUUUUUAUAGUUGAAAUACAAUUUUUUAUUCACCAUUGUCUGCACAAAUCCUUGAAAAUAAACUUUUUUUCCCUACAA